AAACUCAGCUUCUGGUCGCUCUAGCUGGACAGGACUUCUCUCGCCGCCGGACUCUGAUCGCAGCGUGACCGGAACAUGAGCGCUCUGCAGGCUCGGGCUCGAGGGCAGCUGUGUGAGAGUCUCCUCACAUGGAUCCAGACGUUCGCUGUGGAGGCGCCGUGUUCAGCGGUGGACGAGAUGACCAGCGGAGUGGCCAUGGCACAAGUCCUGCAGAAAAUUGAUGGCAUGUAUUUCACUGACGCGUGGAUCAGUCGUAUUAAACCUGAUGUUGGAGACAACUGGAGGUUAAAGAUCAGCAAUUUAAAGAAAAUAUUGAAAGGCAUUCUGGAUUACAACCAUGAGGUGUUGGGGCAGCAGAUCAAUGACUUCACUCUUCCAGACAUCAGUCUCAUCGCAGAGCAUUCAGACGCAGCAGAACUGGGCCGAAUGUUGCAGCUCAUCCUGGGCUGCGCUGUCAACUGCGAACAGAAGCAGGAAUAUAUCCAGACUAUCAUGAUGAUGGAGGAGUCUGUGCAGCACGUGGUCAUGACGGCCAUCCAAGAGCUGAUGAGUAAAGAGUCGCCUGUGUCCUCCGGAAGCGACUCGUUCGUUGAUCUGGACCGACAGCUGAAGAAGACUGUGGAGGAUCUAAACGACGCUUUGGCCACUAAAGAGGAGAUCGCUCAGAGAUGUCACGAGCUGGACAUGCAGGUGGCGGCGCUCCAGGAGGAGAAGAGCAGUCUUCUGGCUGAGAACCAGGUGCUGAUGGAGCGGCUCAACCAGUCGGACUCCAUCGGGGAUCUGAACAGUCCAGCGGGACGCAGACACCUGCAGCUUCAGACGCAGCUGGAGCAGCUGCAGGAGGAGACCUUCAGAUUGGAGGCGGCUAAAGACGAUUACCGCAUCCGCUGCGAGGAGCUGGAGAAGGAGCUGAUGGAGGUCAGAGGUCAGAAUGAGGAGCUGACCUCUCUGGCCGAGGAGGCGCAGUCGCUCAAAGACGAGAUGGACGUGCUGAGGCACUCGUCUGAUAAGGUGUCGAAGCUGGAGGCGCAGGUGGAGGUGUAUAAGAAGAAGCUGGAGGAUCUGGGGGAUCUGAGGCGGCAGGUGAAGCUGCUGGAGGAGAAGAACACCAGCUACAUGCAGAACACCGUGACGCUUGAGGAAGAUCUGCGCAAGGCCAACGCCGCUCGAGGACAGCUGGAGACCUACAAGAGACAGGUGGUGGAGCUUCAGAACAAGCUCUCGGAGGAGUCCAAGAAAGCAGACAAGAUGGAGUUUGAGUAUAAACGAGUCAAGGAGAAAGUGGACUCUCUUCAGAAGGAGAAAGAUCGCUUGAGGACGGAGAGAGACUCGCUGAAGGAGACGAUUGAGGAGCUGAGGUGUGUUAAAGCUCAGGAGUCUCAGCUGACGUCAGGUUUGGUGCCGCUCGGCAGUAACGAGCCGUCUGAUUCGCUGGCCGCAGAGAUCGUCACACCAGAGAUUCGAGAGCGUCUGAUUCGCCUGCAGCAUGAGAACAAGAUGCUGAAACUGGCUCAGGAGGGAUCAGAUAACGAACAGAUCGCACUGCUGCAGAGUUUACUGGAAGACGCCAACAGCAGGAAGAACGAGCUGGAGACAGAAAACAGGCUGGUGAAUCAGAGGCUGCUGGAGGGUCAGUCUCAGGUGGAGGAGCUGCAGAAGUCUCUUCAGGAACACGGAUCCAAAGCAGAUGAUACGGUCCUGAUGAAGAGGAAGUGUCAGGAACAUCUGGACAAAUUAAAGGACGCCACUAACGAGCUUCAGAAGAAGAGCGCAGCGAUUGAAGAGCUGGAGAACAAACACACUUCCAGCGUUCAGAGGAUUGAAGAGCUGGAGGACGCACUGAAGAAGAAGGAUGAAGAUAUGAAACAGAUGGAGGAGAGAUACAAGAAAUACCUGGAGAAAGCCAAGAGUGUCAUUCGUACUCUGGACCCCAAACAGAAUCAGGGUUCUGCUCCUGAGGUUCAGGCUCUGAAGACCCAGGUGCAUGAGCGCGAGAGGAUGCUGAUCUCACUCCAGAAGGAGUGCGACAAGACGAAGUCUCAGAGAGACCAGGAGGAGAAACUCAUCGUAUCUGCCUGGUACAACAUGGGGAUGGCGCUGCAGAAGAAGGCGGCUGAGGACCGGCUGGCCAGCACGGGUUCGGGUCAGUCUUUCUUGGCGCGGCAGAGACAGGCCACCAGCACUCGCCGGGCGUAUCCGGGCCACGUGCAGCCCACCGCAGCCAGUGACGUUAAAGCAUGAGCGGCAGGGGGCGGGGCUGCAUGACUGAGUGUGAUUUGAGCUCAUGCUGCUGAGUUUAACCCAUCGCUGCACACUAAUUAACCCAGAUUGCUAACCGCUGUCCUCCCGAUCAGAAGUGGGCGGGGCUGGCGCCUGUCGAUCAUGCUGUCGGUGCGUGGCUGUGACUGUUACGCUUUAAAGACGGAUGAACUUCGACAUGUUUUCAUUUUAGUCGCAUCAUUGUGGAGUGAUUCAGUGUUUUCUGUAGUCUAUGAACAAACGAGUCUCGUCACACCUGCUUCAUCAGCCGAUGCUGGAUGUGUUUCAGUAGAAUCAGUGUUGCAUCCGCUCCUUCUGUUUGUUUUAAUCUAAAUCAGUAAGUGCUUUGAUGAUGAUGAUGAUUCUGACACAAUGUUACAAACCGCAGCAGUACAUAUUCUGACAUUUAAACCUGCUCUGCUGCUUUUCUUCUUCAGCUGUUACUAAAUAUUCAUGUAAUAGCGCACAGCGAUUGCCGGACGAGACGUGAUCGGUAUAUAUUUUACUCCAGCAGUGUUCUUGUGUGGUUUUUAAGAGGCGAUUGAACGUGUUUCUCAUGAGUUCAAAGGUUAAACACAACCGUCCAUGAGCAGAGAAACACCUGAUCAGUACUUCUGAUUCAGUACAUUCGUAGCAAAUAUUCGUCGCAUUUGCCAAGUUUUAUAUUGCUUGUAUACAAUAUGUACAUACUGUAUGUGCGCGCGGCUGGAGGAACCGGUUAGAUGCGAUUCAUAAUGUGUCUCAUUCACACUCUGUUGAUGAAUCUGUGCUUCCAGCGCUGCAAAACUGUACAGUUGUUCUUCAAGUUGUAAAUAAAGCUUGUAUA